CCUCAGGCACUUCCCAUGCAUGUUCCCACACGGUUUCUCUGUGUGGCAGACGCCCUGAGCUAUUCAGACUUCAAGCGAGGGGCUCUGACUCCACCUCCGUUGCCACGAGCAGAGAGCCAGUCGCUGGGGGGUGAUCUUGUUAGGAGAACCUCGUUUUUGUGCUCUUUGCGCCCCCCCGGAGCUCCCCCUGCAGACUGCGGGAAAGGGGCUUCCCCUCACGCGGCCGCCAGUUGUUCCCCACUCAGUGCCAGCCUUGGGCUUGACCAGAGUUUUCUCUUUUUCUCAGAGCUCAACAAAAAUCCAGUGGAAGGCUUUUCAGCUGGUUUAAUAGAUGACAACGACCUGUACAGAUGGGAAGUCCUGAUCAUUGGCCCCCCGGACACUCUGUAUGAAGGGGGUGUUUUCAAAGCUCAUCUCACUUUCCCAAAAGACUACCCCCUCAGACCACCAAAAAUGAAGUUCAUCACGGAAAUCUGGCACCCAAACGUUGACAAGAAUGGCGACGUGUGCAUUUCCAUCCUCCAUGAACCCGGGGAAGACAAGUAUGGCUACGAGAAGCCGGAGGAGCGCUGGCUCCCCAUCCACACGGUGGAGACCAUCAUGAUUAGCGUCAUCUCGAUGCUGGCGGACCCCAACGGAGACUCGCCCGCCAACGUGGACGCAGCCAAAGAAUGGAGGGAAGACCGAAACGGAGAGUUCAAAAGGAAAGUCGCCCGCUGCGUGAGGAAAAGCCAAGAGACAGCUUUUGAGUGACCUUCACCAAGCAGCUUGUAGAUUCACUUUUUCAGGGUCUUCACUUGGGAAACACGGCACUCUCCCCACCUAGCUGGAUUUAUGUCGUAACGAGUUGGCAAACACUGGCUGCAGCUGGGCUGCCACCGACCCCGCCAGUCGCCAGUGCUGACAAGAGCCUACCAAGUGCCAACCUCGAGACGAUGACGCAUUUUGGAUUCUGAUGAACUGCUUUAACCUUCAGGAAGAACUGUAAAGACGUGUACAUAGCCCAGCGCGAGCCGGAGAACACCUUGGCUGUCCACGCCCGCCCCCACCCGCGGUGUACCAAAUGACGCUCUCCUAGGUAGACUAAGAAUCGUGUACAUUCGACAGAUUUUAGCAGGUUUUCUUUCCCUCUUCGUUGUUUCUUUAUCAGUUUAAAGAGACUUCUUAAAGCAUGUCAGAUUAAACCAAUUAGGAGUAAACGUGUCCAUUUAAUUUUCCUUUAAACCAUUGAGGCUUCAUUAAACGCUUUCAUUUACUA